UCCUGGAGACGAGCUUUAUUUUUAUUCUGAAACAUGGCGGCUUCGUGUUCAGAUAAUACCUUUGAGAACGCAGCGACUAGGUCUGCAGUCGAAUCGGGACCGGACAAUGAUUUUUGGGAAGGACAGGGUCCAGUGGUGAACCGGGAUCCAGCGGUGAAGUUACUCAGUCCGGUAAGCGGUCUGGAGCCACUGUCGUGGUCAGAGGACCACAGACUAGCGGCCUCCAGCAUCAACAGCGUGUCUGUCAUGGAGAUGGUGUGUGACAUUCAAAGUCUCAGUCAAGACCUGGUGUUGCACCGCACUCACAUUCCCGUGCCGGUCACCGCUAAUGAACUCAAGGUUGGUCCAGAAAAGGAAGUGAAGACUGCUAAAGAAAAGUUUGCAAAGAGUAAAGAUCCAACCAUAAGCCAAAUGAUAUUGAUGGACAGAGUCAUCAACCCUCAAAGUGGACAUCUCCGUGGUGUCAAAUACACAAGCUGGUCACCAAUAGGCUGUGACAGCAAUGGCCAUUGUCUUCUUGCUUUUUUAACACUGGACAAUUGUCUCACAAUCCACAGCAGUCACAAACGCUUUCUGUGGACACCUCUCUUGAACCUUACAGAACUUUACGGGGAAAUGUUAAAAUCCAGGAACUACUCUUCCAGGAAUGACGGGUUACCUAUGUUCUCCAUUACACACUUGGAGGAGCUGCAAAGGCGAUAUCGCAUGCAAACGCCUGUCCGCAUGGCGUGGUCUGGUCUGUGCAAUACGCAACAAGUUCAGGCCAAUAAUGCAUGUAAAGACAUUAGCACAGUGCUCCUGGCUGUUCUUAUGGAGAACGGCGAUCUAGUGGUAUGGCAGUUCUCCUUGCCCCUAAAGGGGAAGGACUCAGUGGUGUCUUGCAACACCAUAGAGUCUGGCGUGUCCUCGCCGAGCGUGCUCGCCUGGUGGGAAUAUGAGCACGGUGACCGCAAAAUGAGCGGACUGAUUGUGGGCAGUUCAGUUGGACCCAUAAAGAUCCUGCCAGUCAAUCUUAAGGCAGUGAAAGGUUAUUUCACUCUCAGGCAACCUGUGGUGUUGUGGCAGGAUAAGGACCAGAUACCUGUUCACAACAUUAAAUGCAGCACUCUAUUUCAUCCGCAACAGAAAUGCAACUGCAGCCUGGUGGUUGCAGCGCGUGGCCCUUACGUGUUCUGGUGCUUGUUGCUCAUCUCCAAAGCUGGCCUCAAUGUUCAUAAUUCCCACAUCACAGGUCUUCAUUCCACUCCCAUCAUAUCCAUGACAGUUAGCCGUAACACUGGGUAUAUUUUUACUUGCUCUUUAGAUGGUGUGGUGAAGCAGCUCACGCCCGUUUUCACCGAUGCUGCGGUGGUGUUUAAACAGCAGGAGGUUGUUCUGCCAGAGGGAGUGGCAGGGCAACGGAUACAUGGCAUAUCUGUCAGUCCCAAUGGUGCAUACCUGGCCUUGCUCUCCAGUGAGGGCAUGAUCAAUGGGCUCCAUCCCAUCAACCACACCUACCAGGUCCGGUUUAUCACCCUAAAGACUCCGAACGAAGCAGCUACCGAGCUUCUCAAGUCUCAAAUGCCGAACCUCUUUAGACAGACGGAUUUGUUAGAUUUGUUGCGGUGGAGAGUACUGAAGGACAAAAGCAUCCCUCCUUUCCUUGAAAACGACCUGGACAAGAAGACCCAAACUUCAGGGUCCAGCUACUUUUGGCGCCUGAAGCUUCUCCUUCUCCGAAUGCUCCAUAAGUCCAUGCAGAAGACCCCCUCUGAGGCCCGGUGGAGGCCAAAUUUUAAGGAUAGUAAGGUGUUUGUUGGGGAAGAGGGGGUUGGUGGGGGUGAGGAAGAUGAGAUGGCAGAGAUAUCAGUGCUAGAAGAGUCCAGGCCAUGGGACGCUGAUAAGCAGUCCAGUGAGGAACAAAUGAGCAAGAUCAGCAGUCAGAUCGAAGAAGUGGAGUCACAUCUGACCCGUGAGAACAUGAAGAAGGUGCUUAGCGAGGUGUACCUGCACACCUGCGUCACUCAAAACACAUGUAUACCUACCAAAGGUGUGUGUGACUUUCUCAAAAAUGACCCUGCUAAUGAAGACAGGGCAGCUAAGGUGCUGAUAGGUCAUAUCAUGAAUAAGAUGAACAAACAGACAUUUCCCGAGUACUGCAACCUCUGUAAAGAGGUUCUGCCCUUCACGGACCGUAAACGGGCAGAGUGUAAGAAUGGGCACAGAUGGCUCAGGUGUGCGCUGUCAUAUCAGGCCUGUCAGGGUGUGACAUACCGCCGCUGUCUAUUGCAGGACAGUAUUGCCUCCGUAGCAGAGCCUGAGGACUCUGACUGGAUAAAGAAAAUACUCCAAGGUCCCUGCAUCUUUUGUGACUCUCCUCUUUACUAGAGCAACAAUGCUAUAGGUGACAAACUCUUCACAGCUCAAUACUGCGUUACUUUAGUGAGCUCUACCCAAAAAGACAAAAAUGAAGAUAAACGUAUGAAAAUAUUUAAAAAAUAAUUUUAUUAUUAUAGUAAUAUGUCAUUUAGAAGAUUUUCUUCUCAACGACCUCUAUUUUUAAGCCAAGCUUUAGUGUAGUAUAUAGAGAUGUACAAUUUUCUUAUCAAGAAAACUGUGUGUUAAUACCUAAUUCUAUUGUAUAUUUUUGUUAUUGUUGUUUAUUUUUGGUACCCUAUGUAUAUUUUUGUUUUUAUAAUAUUAUGCUACUACUACUAUUGCAUUAAAAAUGCACUCUUCCUUUCCCGAUUUUAAUUGGUUUAAAUGAAUCCAUUUCCUAAUUGGCUUUAGGAAAAUUUUUGUGGAACUGCAAAUGCCAUACCAACUCCCCCAUCUCCAAAUAAUGACUUUUCCUUGGACUAAAGGAAGAGAAGAUGAGGGAAAAGAAAUGUAAAAGGAAAUGAAAAACAGUGAGACAUUGAGAAAACUGUUUUAAAACUGAUCCAGCCCCUCCAAAGGGCCAAACUCUAAUGAGAUACAACAGUAAUGAGGAAUGGAUCCCAGCCGCAUAUGUGAUACCCAUUUUAAUUAAGGUAGCAAGGUUGAGUGCAUAUUGUUAAAUGUAGUUACCCCCUUUUUUGUGGGCCGCAGGGGAGACGCAUGCAGGCCAUGUACCCUGACACCCAUUCCACAUAAGCACUUCACCAUCAGUGGAGGACCCUGUGUGAUUAAAGAUAGAUUUGGGCCUGUUGGACCUUUGGAAUGUUCUUGCUCCUUUCCAUCAGGUCUGUUCUCAUGCCCAGUACAUCCUGUCACUUUGCCCUGCAAUUUCUCUAGUGUAACUGAAGAUGAUAGCUCACCUCGUUGCUAGUUGGCAACACUGUCUUUGGUUUCGGAUAGUAUCCCGAGAUAAAGAUGGCCUGAUAAUUACAAUUCCACUUCCUAUCUCUAAUUCAGUGUCACCGAAAGUAUUCUUUGGUCAAAAAUAAAUUUGCUUACUAACUAUGUUUGACUUUUCACAGAAAGUGCCUGUUCUUCAUUAUGAUGCAUUCUGAAAUGUUGCCAUAUCAUUACAGGUGGUAAUGCAACAUGUAAGGGGUGUUUGAUUACAAGGUUAUAACGUGCAUUAUCUAUUAAUCAAAGAGGGACUAGAACACAAAGGCAGCACUCAGAUUGCCUAAUGCCGUCUGCUGCAUGUCACAGCAAAUUUGUGACAUAUUGUGACAAGCAUCUAAUAACAUGAAUUUUAAAGCUGUUUUUUAACGAUGUAAUGGGACACUUAAAAGGCAAAUGAAAGCUAUUCAAAUUUCCAUUGUACACACAAAAUACAGUACAUAUUAACAAUUGCAGAUGCUAAAUGUCACAGAUUAGAUUGAGACCGCAAGCAUGAUGGAUUUUUUUUUUCCUGCCAUGUAAUUCCCUUCCUAGAUAUUAGAUUGUCAAAUGGAUCUUGGCCGUUUCAGUGCUAGCUUUGUUGAUAGAUGGAGACUUCUCCAUCUGUUGAAGAGGUUAGCUCUGUUUGGCAGAACCUCCUACUUCUUUAAUAUAACAAUCUGUCAAAAAACAUUUCUACAAUAAUUACAGCCCCCUCCUCCCUCUUUGUGUGUGCUCUUUCAAGAUUUCGAAAGGAGGUUUGUUCUUUUCUCUUUAUAAAAUAUUCAUAACUUCUGUGUUCAUGACUUUGUGCUUUAAACAAACAGACUUAUUUUAAACAGAUUUAUUUUUUUAUUUUUUUUAUCUGUCUGUUUGAUAAAAACAUUUAUUUUGUUAGUUAACAUAUUUUGAUAUGCAUCACCUUGCUUUAAACACAAUUUGUUGAGCCCAAACAGUAUGCUAAGUGUGGAUCUUGAUGUAAUUUGCUCUAUGUACUGCACUCAAACUUAUUUUUGUGCUAAAUUUUUUCAGUUUAUUUUUUGUUUGAGGAAGUUAUCCUGGAUUUAACACUGAGAAGCAAAUUUAAGGUUUAUUUGAUAUGUAAUACAUAUAAUAAUGAUGAGUAUGAAGAUUGAGUCAUGUGCAUAAUUAUUUUUUCAUAUUGUUAUUCAUCUUUAUGAUGCCAUUUUUUAUUUUUUUAUUUUUUUUGGUACAUAUUGUUUGUCUAUCAUACAGAAUACAUACAGUAUAUUUUUCUAUUUUUCAUGUAUAUAUUUAUAAAUACACUUUUGUAAGUCUUGUGUAAUUUAUAAACGUGUUUUAAAAUGCAUAAGGAUUCUUGACAGUCUUUUAGGGCUGAGUGUAGUUUUCUAUACAAUUUUACAAUGUGUUUGCAUUCAAGUUUCAUAGUAUAAUAUGCAUUAAAAUAUGCAUAUACAUGUAUAUGUAUGUGUUUAUGAGUCAUACUACAGAAAAGAAGAAAAAAAAAGCUUCUAAAGCCAAGAUUAGAAGUUUGCUUUGGUUUCACUCUGUGUGUGUGUGUGUGUGUGUGUGU